GAUACAUCAAAUCGUCAUGUCGACGUCUACGAGCUCAGAAUCGAAUGCGGCUCUUCCUGCUAGUAUACGCCAGAGGUCCUGUCACCGCAUUUCCUGCACAAGCGCACUCCGAGAGACCAAGUGCUGUGAUAAUACUUGCCUUGUCGAAAUUGCACGUCGCGAUUGCAACAGCGAGCCGAAUCACCGACUACAGCUUCUUACAAAACCCUCCGGCGAUACUCUCGACGAUUCUGCCCUUCCGUCCCCUGCUGAUGAGGAGCCAUGUGAGAGUCAUUACCUGAAGGCUAAAGAGGCAUAUAGCGGGAUCUUAGAGAACAUUGGCUGUAUUUGCAGGGUGUUACUAUCACUGAACCUCGAUUCGUGCUGUGUCGUACCUCCGGAUGGCUCUCUUCGCUUCAAGCGUUCAACGGGGUCUAUGAGGAAGGGUCUCUUGACAGGCACGAGCAUGCCUUCCAGCGCUCCUUCUCUCUGCAAGUCACAAGAAGGUAUCGACGGUAGCAAGAAGCCCUGCUGCUCUGAGGCGUCUACAGCUGGCCAGGAGACAAGCCCACCACCAGGGUUAAAGUUCACUGGUGCUAGAAAGGUCUCUUGCUUUAGUGGACCUUCGAAUUCCAGAAUCGAUCGAUACCGCGGAAGUUCAGCCCCCAGUCUUGACGGUAGCUACAAAGCUAGUGCUGAUGCCUGGGCCACCUAUGCGGCGGCUCCCGAUGACCUUUCCCUCAAGGGGGGCUUCUGCAGCAGUAAGGAAAUGACUGGCGGCUAUUGCGCUGAUAACUUCGGCUCCGCCAUUCCUCUGCCCACUCCCGGAGACUGUUCUCGCAAGAAGUGCUGUUCUGAUACGACAUCAAAACCUACGACUGGACAGACGACCACCGAAGCCCACGGCGAUCCACUCGACAGCUGUUAUGCUAAGGAGUAUUCGACUGGGGCAGAUGGAGAUGCGAUAGAUAGUUAUUGUACCAGCGAUCCCCAUAGUCAACUAGGAACUCUAGCAGGCGGCAAGGGAACCAGGUACACUCCGGUCACCGGGGUCAAUGAAUUUGACCUCGAGAAGGGUGACUUUCCGGUUGAGCAUGUGGUGUUGAGCGUUCAAGGGAUGACUUGUACUAGGUGCGAGAAGAAGCUCUACAAAUCCCUGGAUAUGAUAGCGGAAAUCUCGAAUAUCAAGACUAGUCUACUCUUGGCCCAAGCAGAGUUUGACCUCAGUAGAACCUCUGCCACCAUCGACACCCUCGACACCAUUAAAGCUAUAGAGAAGAUGACUGGCUUUACCUGUACGACGAUGACGCAGUCUGGACACGAGCUAGAUUUGAUCGUGGAUGGUCUUGCAUCGGAGUUUGCUGCUAGAGACCUCCCAUUUGGAGUUUCCGACAUUGCUGUUCUCGACACACACACUAUUCGUGUAACCUACCAGCCUAAGCUUGUUGGUGCCAGGGACCUGAUGUCGGACCCGUUCUUUUAUUUACCGAAACUCGCUCCAGUUGCAGAUCGUCCUUUGAUCGCUUCAGGGAGAGCUCAUGUCCACCUGAUGCUCCGGAAAACAAUUGUGUCUACUGAAAUUACAGAUCGUGUGGCUACCUACUUUAUCCCUACUAUACUCGUGGUCACUGUUCUGGUAUUUGUUAUCUGGGUCGCUGUUAGCAAGGUCAUCCGUGGCUAUGAUGCAACCACCACCUGUAUUAAUGCGAUGACAUACGCCAUCUUAGCUCUUAUUGUGUCGUGUCCGUGUGCGAUUAGGCUGGCAGUUCCUAUGGUGCUAGUGGUAGCAGGAGGUGUUGCGGCAAAGCAUGGCCUGAUCUUUAAAACCGUAGAGACUAUUGAGAUAGCCCGGAACCUUUCUCAUGUCAUCUUUGACAAGACAGGCACCCUUACACAAGGACUACUCGCUGUCGAGGCUAAGAUAUACCCGACGGGGCAAGGCGACACGCUAGCGCUACUACUACUAGGUUUGACUAGUAACAGCAAGUACCUAGUGUCGACUGCUAUCGCUUCCCGCCUUAAGUCUUCUAGAGUUAAGCCCGAGGUAGUCGAGAAGGUUGUUUCUGUGGCUAGGAAUAGGAUAGAAGCAACUUGGAAGGGGAUGAUCAUUCGUGCUAGUAAUCCACAUUGGCUAGGCGUCAAAGACUUACCAGCCGUCAAAGAAAUACUUCUACUCGGUGUUAGUAUGUUCUGUGUCUCGGUUAAUAAAGACCUUGUCGCGGUCUUCGGUCUCAAGGAUCUCCUUCGCCCAGAUGCUAUUCGCGUCAUCAAAGAGCUGAAGAAGCGAUCUGUCGAAAUCUCUAUCGUCAGCGGCGACAAUGAAGAGUCUGUCAAGUCUGUCGCCAGGGUCCUUGAUGUACCAGAGAGCCACGUCCGCUUCAGAUGCAGCCCAGCUGACAAGCAGAUUUACGUCAAACAGAUGCUCGCCCCCCCAAACAGCGUCGUGUUGUUCUGCGGUGAUGGCACCAACGAUGCUGUCGCCCUGGCUCAGGCAAGCAUCGGUAUGCACAUCGACGGAGGGACGGACAUAGCCCAAAGUGCGGCGGACGCCGUCCUCGUCCGGCCUGCGCUAAGCGGCAUUAUCAUCCUUAUAGACCUUUCGACGGCCUUCUUCCGCCGCGUGGUCUUCAACUUCAUGUGGUCCUUUAUCUAUAAUACUUUUGCAAUCCUACUGGCCGCUGGUGCCUUUCCUAAUGCCCGCAUUCCGCCGGAGUUCGCUGGCUUGGGUGAGAUAGUCAGCGUCCUACCAGUAAUUGCUAUUGGGAUGCAGUUGAAGUGGACGAAAUUUUACUGAGCUGAAUGACCCUAGAUGCGAUUGUUUCGAGAGGCCGGCAUC